ACUGUCACAUGAUUUUCACCUGACUUGACGUAUACUUCGCAAAAUUCCAAUUUUUCCCAACAGGAAAAUACGAAAAAAAUCAAGGCGAUAUAUUGUUCGAGUCCAUCUGUAAAAAAACCAACAAAAAACAGGCAAAAUGAAAAUCUGUGGUCCUAAACUAUCCCUCUGUGGUUUGAUCAUCUCCGUUUGGGGCAUUGUCCAAUUGGUAUUGAUGGGCUUGUUCUUCUAUAUCCACAGUGUUGCCUUGAUUGAGGAUUUGCCCAUUGAAGAGGAAUACCACAGUUUGGAUGCAUUCUAUACUGCUGCCAAUAAUGCUUACAAUCAGAACGCCUACAACUGUUGGAUUGCAGCUUGCAUCUAUGUGCUGACUCUGUUGUUAUCUGCCCAACAAUUCUAUGUCAACAGUCGAGUAACUGCCAACUAAAAUA